AUGGAAGAAGAUUGCAAGUUUCCAAAUUGGGAUGAACUAAUCCCAGACGCUCUCGGCUUGAUCUUCAGCUACUUACCUCUUCAAGAAGUCUUAACAGUGGUGCCUAGGGUUUGCAAAGCAUGGAACAGAGCUGUCACUGGACCUUAUUGCUGGCAAGAGAUAGACAUUGAGCUGUGGAGUAACCGUUGCCACCAGUCCGAUCAUCUCGAUCGAAUGCUUCAGAUGUUGAUCCAUAGAAGCUCUGGUUCUUUGCGGAAACUCUCCGUCACUGGUCUUCAAAAUGACUCCAUCUUCUCCUUCAUUGCUCAACAUGCUGGUUCACUUAAGACCUUGAAGGUGCCAAGAAGUGGUCUAAGCAAUUCAGGUGUGGUAAACGUAGCUGAGAAGCUUUCGUCUCUCACAUUCUUGGACUUGAGCUAUUGCUGCAAAGUAGGUCCAGAGGCGAUACAAGCCAUAGGCAAACACUGUAAACUCCUGAUAGAGUUCUGCAGAAACAUGCAUCCACUGGACGUAGCGAGUGUGGUCUCACACGACGACGAGGCUUACGCGAUCGCCAGCACAAUGCCGAAGCUGAAGCGGUUAGAGAUCGCGUACCACAGAGUCAGCACGGAAGGAGUGUUAAAGAUCUUGUCUUGCUGCGUUUCUCUCGAGUUCUUGGAGCUUAGAGGGUGUUGGGACGUGCAGCUAGAUAACAAGUUCUUCAAGGAGAAGUUUCCGGCUUUGAAAGUGUUGGGCCCACGCGUGAUCGGUUUCUACGAUAUGAUAAACGAUUGGGAGGAUUGCUGCUCUGAUUAUUUCUCGGAUGGGUCUGAUUACUUGGCUUGGGAGUUUCUUGAAGAUGGUGAGAUGGGUGAGUUCUAUGAAGAUGAGUUUGAGCAUGGUUGGGAUGAUAACUUUUACGCUGAGAGCUUGAAUAUUGACAUGGAACCACAUCUUUGGCCGCCAUCUCCAUGA